GCACUUUUGCACAUGUCCUGCAGCUCCUCGCACUCCACAGCCUUUCCAGGGUCUCCUGCCCCACCUCCCUCCCUCUAUGCCCAAACUUAACAUUUCCAGUGGAAUUAGCAAAUUAAUUGCAGCUUUGGGAAGUGGAAAUGCCUCCUGGCGCUUCUCUGCACUUUGUUCUACUCGGGGUUUGGCUUUCAGCCUUUCUCCGCCUCCUGUGUAUCAGGAAGGAUGUGAGGUCAGGUUUCGUCCCUGCUGCUGAUCCACCCAUCCCCUGCAUUUCCCUCAGCCCUUGGCGGAGCGAGCAGCCCGGCUCUGUCACACGCACCGUCCCAGAGAAAACAGUGAUGAAUUUCUUCGCUCGCAAGUUUGCUGGUUCCAGAGUUCCAGAGAGUGUCGCGAGGGAGUAUACGUCCAUCAAGUUUCUGUGGUCAAAGAGCCUCCCUGGGCAUGAGGACAUCUUUGAGGAGGUGUCAGAGAGUAAGCUGCAGCCUGGGGACAUCUUGCUCUUCCCUGAGAGCAAUGCUAACUUCAUCAGCAGGGCCCUGUUCAAACAUGCAGCCGUCUACUGCGGGGAUGGAGAGGUCAUUCACUUCCAGAGCACAGGCAAGGGACACGGUGGUCUGAUCAGCAAACAAGGCUUUGAGGCCCUGAAAAGGGAGAGGGGGGAAUGCCACAUUUACCAGAAAAAAGGUGGGGUUGAUCUCAAUGACUUGCGGAGUAAAGUCAGGAUAGCGAUGGACAGUGAAGCUGAGUAUUCUCUCCGCACAAACAACUGCAUCCACUUCGCCCUCUCGCUCCUGGGACUGGAGGAGUUCUCGUCAGAACUGGUGCAAAUCCAAGAUGAAGAUGACAGCUGCUCCACUGGGGCGGGCUUUGGGGUCCAAGCAGGGCUGUGGGGUCCCCAGAAGGGCUGGGCUCCAGCUGCCAGCGCUUCCAGGGGACCCAUCUGCACGGGCUGGGAAGGGCAGGGGCUCAGGAGACAGUCCCACCUUUCCAGGACACUUGUAGCCCACCCCCUCCAGAGGAGCAGCGGAGCAGCCACACAGCAUGAGGGGUGGCAGCCCCGUGUCCCCCUAGGAUGAUCCCCCCGACCCACAGAGGAGCCUCAGCAUCGCCCCGCGCACCCCAACAGCUUCCCAGGGAAGGAGCUUUUCUUUAGGAGGGUGGGGGACAUUGCUUUCUGCUUCCUGGAGCUUAAUUGCCAUGGACUCAUCGGAUGUUUUAUUAAACUUUGCUACCUGAAACGUG